AUUUUUCAAUUGGACACAUACUAAAAUAAUUGCCAGGAAUUUUAUUUACCUGACCAGACCCAUUUGGGAUAAGAGACCCGAAAGACCACAGCAUGUGAUUACACACUACUAUUCUGUUGAUAUGAAUUCAAUGCAAUUGUGUUCACUUCAUAACUGGAGGAAGAGAUCCAAAGAAGUCAAAGUCAUCGAUGCCUUCAUAUUCUCCAUAGAACUCGACUUAUUAGAGAUCAGACUCAACGAGUUGUGGCCAUAUGUCGACCUCUUUGUUGUCUUAGAAUCAAAUAAAACAUUUACGGGUAAAUCAAAACGUCUUUAUUUGAGGGAAAAUAUGAACCAAUUUUUGUGGGCAAAAGACAAACUCAGAUAUCAUUCGUACAAUGGUUUAGUAGAUCUCGAAUCCGGUGAAAGUCCGUUCAAAAAUGAAAAUCAAAUGAGAACACAGAUGACUAAAAUCAUAUCGAAAUAUGCAACAAAUGGUGAUAUUAUUAUCAGUUCAGAUGUCGAUGAAAUACCAUCUCAACAGACCAUCCAAUUGGUCAAAGAGUGUACUGGUUUUCCGGUUGCAAUGCAUUUGCAGUUAAAUAUGUAUUUAUAUUCAUUUGAGUUCAGUGUCGACGACGAGUACGAGACCCGUAGCGCACACAUCACUCAAUACAAUCAAAAGACAUUUAGUUUCAGUCACUCAAAGAGUAGACAAUAUAUUCUCACCGAUUCUGGAUGGCAUUGUUCAUUUUGUUUUCGCUAUCUAUCGGAUUUUAUAUUUAAAAUGACAUCCUAUUCACACAACGAUAGAGUAUUGGAUGAGAAAGUGUUGGACAAAAAGGAGAUCCAGAGAAAGAUAUGUACCGGAGAUAACUUAUACGAUAUGUAUCGCGAGUUUUACUCAUUGAAAGAAAUGGUUACUCAAUUGGGAUCAAUACCAAAGUCUAAAGUUAUGACAAAUUUGCCAAAACAUGUCAUAGAAAAUGCACAAAAAUUUUCAUAUCUAUUGCCCGACGGCUGUGUCCGUCAGGACUUUAAGCUUUAA